AUGGUCUGCCGUGUUACGAUUGGUGUCUUCCGGGGGAGACGAACUGCGUCAUUGGCUUCAAGAGACUGCCAAUGGCGAACGGGUUCACCAUGGAACCGCGGCUUGGUCGCAAUCGAAGAAUGGCGAGCUGCACAAUCUGUGCGCAUGCACUUCUCUUCUACAAACUUCAACCUGCAGUCUUACAUACUGCGUAAUCAGGGCGCGCAGUUUGCCUUCAUCAAUUUGAUAUAUUUUGUGACCUUGAUAUUUUUACAUCGCGAGUUCAUUCCUUUCAUUCCUUUCAAAAUCUGCGCUCCGUCCGGCCCACCCGAGCCACCGCUAAUCACAGAGACCGCCCCAUCUCAGUGGUGGGAAUCAAGUGCUCGAAAGUUGUUCAAGAGCGCCAGUGACACGAUUCGGAUGAUGAAACAGCUGGUAGAAUACGGAAUAGAGCUUCAGGCUCCUUUCACAUGUUUUUGUGUUUUCAAUGCCACGACUGUGCUUGCUUACGCCAAAACGUGGCCACACAUGGCCCUUGGAGAGCCCGACAUGGCUGACUUCUACGAUUGGGGUGCUAGAUGGCUUUUCAAGGCAAGUGGUGUAUGGGAAAUAGCGCGAGCAUGGCAUGCUACUUUGAUGGAAAUAGAGGCGUUUUACAAUCGUCAUCGGACGAGUGCCGAAAAUAUCAUGGAUCACGACCAUCUUCAAUUCUUGCAGCUGCAAGACAGAGUGGAGCGCCUGGCGGAACCCGAAGCCUCUAUUUCUAAUCAAGUUCCUGUUGAGGGCAAUGCGCAGGGCAGUUCUACCCAGCAAGGCCGUUUUACGGAGCCAUUUACGCAGGAUGGACCCAGCAUGCUUUCACAAGAGCACUCGGGGCAUCUUGAAGGUUCGAAUUUGCCGUGGGUCCUCCCAACAAAUCGGCUCGAUCAUUCUUGGCCGGUAAUUGAUGAUAGUGUACUGGAUUAUGACUUCAUGACAAAUGCUCUAACCGACCCUUCUGGCGACUUUUUGAUGCGCAUGUGCUAG